UCUAGCAGCCGACACAGGUGAGUGGCUGUGGUCAAGAUGAGGGUGCUUGUGGUAACUACCUUGGUGGUGGCGGCGGCGGCUGAGAACUUCUACCGUCUCCCCUCCCCCUACACUUACUCCUGUAAGGAGAGCCGCUGCGUCAAGGAGGAACGCAGCCACGCCAGGGAGCAGCGUUCCCUGGAGCAAUGCCAGCUGACCUGUGGCAAGUAUGGCUCUCUGUGGCCACAGCCCACAGGCGACGUCCAGCUGUCGCCAGAGACGGUCCACUUCACCCCUAGGAACAUGAAGGUGACCAAGAUCGCAGCCUCUGGCCAGAAGGUGUCAGAGAUGCUGGAGGAAGCCACCCGCUACUUCACCCGUAACCUCCACUUCCUCCACCCAGAGUUCCCUGAGGAGGAGAAGAAGCCCUUCACGGAGCAGGAGCACCCCGUCGAUAACUACCUCUUUAACAACCAAUACGACAAGUUUGAUCAACAACAAAACUUCGACGAACAGCGUCCAAAUUUCGUCAAGAGGAAGUCAGCCAAGGGAUACAUGAAGUACUCCCCAUUCCUGAAGGAGAGGAACAACCCCAUUACUGAUCGUCAGAACUUUAACAUUGAGAUCACCGUGACCUCCCCAGAUGAAAAAUUCACCAUCAACACUGACGAGAGCUACAAUCUGGUGGUCCAGACUGUUGAUGACCAAACCACCGCAACCAUCUUGGCCACGACCUACUAUGGUGCCCGCCACGCCCUCGAGUCUCUGUCUCAGCUCAUCGCCUACGACGACACCAACGAGUCACUCCAGAUCGUCAAGACCGCCAAGAUCCAGGAUGAGCCCAAAUUCAAGUACCGCGGCUUUAUGUUGGACACUGGUCGUAACUUCUACCCGAAGGAGGACCUGAUGCGUCUAAUGGACGCCAUGUCCUACAACAAGAUGAACUACUUCCACUGGCACAUCACCGACGCCGCUUCCUUCCCCUUGUACUCCAACCGUCGCCCAGAGAUGGCUUACUACGGGUCCUACUCCCCAAGAAAGGUCUACUACCCAGAAGACAUCACCGAGAUCGUUCAGUACGCCAAGCUCCGCGGUAUCAGCGUGAUCCCUGAGUUAGACGGUCCCGCCCACACCUCUGCUGGCUGGCAAUGGGGCGAAAAGGAAGGCAAGGGCAACCUGGUCCUGUGUACCGGCAAGCAGGAUGAGCCAUGGUUCAACCUGGGCAAGGAGCCACCCAGCGGUCAACUCAACCCCGUCAACCCCGAAGUGUACAACGUCCUCGGAGAACUGUACAGUGACAUGCUCCAGUACUUCGACCCCGAGAUGGUGCACAUGGGAGGUGAUGAUGUAAGCUUUAAGUGCUGGCAGAACUCAGUUGAGAUCAGUGAACACCUCGCUGCUAAUGGACGUGAAUCCACUAGCCGAGAAUACUUCGAGCUGUGGAACACCUACCAGAACAAAGCCUUCUCCCAACUGCAGGAGGCAGCGGGUCAGCUGGUUGGACGCAAGGUCACCCCUAUCAUCCACUCCUCUUCUUUCGCUCGUAACUACGUCGAUAAGAACUCCUACAUCAUUCAGGUUAACGAGGACGUUAACUCUACCGAAAUUGCUGAAUACAUCAAACAAGAUUUUAAGGUAAUUUUCUCUAACCAGGAUCAGUGGAGACUGGACUGCUCUACUUCUACCUGGUUUGGUGACAAGGCUAAGAACUGUGCACGAGAAAUUCCCACUUGGCAACACUUCUAUGAAAACAGCCCACUGGAUAUGCUCUACAAUCUGGGCCUGACCAACGCCCGCACUGAUGCUGGUCAACAGGCCAGUGGCGUCAACCCCCGAGACUUGGUACUUGGAGGAGAAGCUACACUGUGGAGCUCUGAGACUGAUGGUAAUGGCCUCCAAGCCAAGACUUGGCCCCGCGUCUCCGCCAUGGCUGAACGUCUAUGGACAGACCCAAUCCUGCCAGUCCAAGGUCAUGACACAGCCCAGAAGCGUCUCAACACCCACCGCCAGCGUAUGGUGUUCCGCGGCAUCCACGCUGACCCCAUCCAGCCAGAGUAUUGCAUGCAUGACGAGAGUGCCUGUUACAGCCAGGAGCAGUACCUCGCCCGCUCAACCAUCCCCGCCCAGUAGGCGCCUGACCGCUCAUCCCAUCCGUGAUGGAAGAAAUGACUGCAUCUUGUCCCUUAGCAAGUUAACAUGAGGAGAGGUUUACAGGCUCUCCUUAGGUGACAGUUUGUUCAUACAGGUAAUCUUUCUGAACCCAAAUCAUGUACAAGAUAAUAGUACUUGUUGCUGUACUGGGGAUGUUUUGCACCAACAUCAACAUCAUCAUUAAGUCCUCUUACAUGAUAAUACAAACAUCCAGGUCUGGGUUAUUAUCCCUCACCUGAGAUCAGUAUUUCCCCCAGAGCGACUCUUUACCUCUCUGCACCACUCCAUUCCUGGGUGACGUUGUUGUUCACCCUACGAGUUAUAACAUUUUAACUCAAUAAAAUAUAAAAAACCUCCA